AAGAUCGGUACGACCAACGUUUCGGUUAUAUUAUUCCUUUGAACACACGUUCGUUCAUAUUGUUUCCGCGCGAAUCAUUGCUGAAAGAUAAUCGGUAAAGCUUCCAGCUCUCGAGUCGCCAUGGAUCUUGAGGGAAAGAGCUAUGACCGGCGAUCGCACGGCAGCUGCUUUGUUCCGAACCGUGGGUGACAAAUUUGCAACAGGGAGGUUCGAUUUUCAAUUUGAGGAGGACGGCAAGCGAGUUGAUGGAACGCAAACCCCGACUAGUUAUAAAUCGGGUAUCAAGAGAAGUAAAGAAACGUCUGGAACGCAGUGGAGCGAUGCUAUAGAAGAUGCCGCAAAACAGACUUUUAUGUACACAUCCGAUUCCAAGGGGGAGUUGGAACCGGAUGAAGAGGAUGGCGAUGAUCGAGCAGAUAAAAAGGAUGGAAUAGAUAGAAUAGAUAAAGCAAAUGGUACAGAUAGAAUUGAUGGUGUGGAUAGGAUGGAUGAAACGGAUAGAGCGAGUAGAAUGGACAAAGAGACGUUGAAACAGGAAGUUACAGACGCGACAGGGUUGCAGACUGAUGAUAUGGAUAGUGGAGAUAGGGCUGUUGGUACAGAUGCAACAGAUAGAACGACUAGCACAGAUGAAACAGGUAAAGUGAAGAAAAUGGAUAAAGAAGUGUUGGAGAGAGAAGCUGCAGACGAGGUAACGGAGUUUGCUAUGUUUCGAGACGAAUGCGAACCAUCCUGUCCUCGGCGUAUAUCGCGAAGCAAGUAUAACUUUAUCAAACGUUAACAAAAAGUUUGUAAUUUCUUUACAAUUGUGGUAUAUCAUGUUAAUAUUAUUAAUAUAUUUCCUUUAGAGAAUAGAAUACGUAAACUCGAGGAAGUACAGCGCACCGUAGAUUCAUAUUUGUUGAAUAAGGGUACUCGUUACUUUGAUGAUGUCUGCACUUGUUCUCUUUCCUGCGUUCUCCGCGCUUUAAGACGCGAUCCUUUCGUCACAAGCACAUUAGCAUCAGUCGCAUUGUUCACACUAGGUCUGAAGCUUUGUUCAGAGCUAAAUGCCUGGUACUUGCCAAUCCGAUU